CAGCGGCAGCGGCCCCGGCGCGGCCCCAGCCGGCAGUCGGGGCGCUGCGCCGGGCCCUGAGCGCCCGCGGCCCCGCAGAGCCGCGGCCGGCGAGGCCCGGAGCGCCCGGCCGAGGAUGGGGAUCCUCUUCACCAGGAUAUGGAGGCUCUUCAACCACCAGGAGCACAAAGUGAUCAUUGUGGGCCUGGACAAUGCAGGGAAAACGACCAUUCUGUACCAAUUCUCCAUGAACGAGGUGGUUCACACCUCUCCCACCAUCGGGAGCAACGUGGAGGAGAUCGUGGUGAACAACACGCGCUUCCUGAUGUGGGACAUCGGGGGCCAGGAGUCCCUGCGCUCCUCCUGGAACACCUACUACACCAACACCGAGUUUGUGAUAGUUGUGGUGGACAGCACAGACAGAGAGAGAAUUUCUGUGACUAAAGAAGAGCUGUAUAAAAUGUUAGCACACGAGGACCUGAAGAAAGCAGGAUUGCUGAUCUUUGCUAACAAGCAGGAUGUGAAGGAGUGCAUGACAGUAGCUGAGAUCUCCCAGUUCCUGAAGCUGACUUCAAUUAAGGAUCACCAGUGGCACAUUCAGGCCUGCUGUGCUCUCACUGGAGAGGGGCUGUGCCAAGGACUGGAGUGGAUGAUGUCCCGGCUGAAGAUCAGAUGAUUUUUAAUGACCUCUUUGCACGGACAUUGCUGCAGCAGAGCUGUCCCAGUGGCAGAUUGGUGGGCUGGAUGUAUUUAUACUGAACUGAUGGCAACUGUAUUUUCUACAUAGCUGCACACACACACACACACACACACGGACAGGAACUGGGAGCAGGCACAGGAGCAGAGGAGCACUUGGGGCUCCAGGUUGGUUCGGGUUCCUCGGAGGACGUUCAAAGCUGUGACCGACCUUCUUUUCAAGCUGCCCCUCGGAACAGUCCGACCUUGGGCGUGGGGAGGAUGGAGCCAGAGGAAGGAGCUUUUAAUUUAGAGUGUUAUGAUCCCAUUGUAGCCCUCUCUAGUGGAAGUUGUUGGCUUCAUUAUUGCAGUAAAUCAGCGAGCGAAUCUCUGGCGUAGGUAUCGACUCUCCGGUGUUUCUGAGGCCACCGAUGUUACAAAAAGCAAAACUCUUCUCCUGUAUGUGUACUGUACAUAUUUGUGUAUAUUUAUACCUCAAUCCUUGGUUAAUUGCAAUCUGCUCAGACCAGUGCAAAGCUGAAUCAGUAUGGUGGCAGUAGUGCUAACCUGUGACACGGCCACGUCCCCGUGUCCGCACGGCUGUAACGUCAGUCACACCUUGGCUCUCCACAACCUGAUCAACAAACUCUCUCUUCAGCCCGUUGCUUGUUUCCCCACAUGAUUCUUGGAUUAGGGAGGAGGCUGGAAUGGAUUGAGGCACGUGGAUUCAGCUUCGAGUUCCAGGGUUGGCAAACAGAACAAAUUUGCCAAAGAGUUUCAGAUAAAAUGGGUUUUCCUCUUUUAUUGUGGUCGUCACUGGAUUGGGUGAUGCUGCAGGUCCUGUCCACUGCUUUCCUUCUCUGCUGUGCUGGUUGAUUCAGGUCUGGCAGAAACACCUUUGGCUGUCAAAAAGGGAAAAGUAUCUUUUUUCUUAACCAAAGAAGAGGCACAAAAGUAGGUUUGAAAAGGUCACUGGAAUCAUACAAGUCAGACUCUAAUGAAGUGUUUUUCAGAGGAAAAACUCUCUUUGCUACAUAAAAUGUACAGAUAUUAAAAUGUGCAGAUGUAUCAAUACGCAGUGGAGGGGACUGGAUGGGGACAAAGCAGGUGACACUACUUGAAAAGCUCCAGGUGACCCACACGAGUUCCAGGGCAGAACUUCUUGAAAGCAGAACUCCCUUGCACGGUCCCCAGGCAGUGUGAGAACACUAGGAUCACCUUUCCCUGCUGCAGCUCCUGCUGGGAUGGCUGUCCCAGGCAGAAGGGGGUCAGAAUUCCCACUUCAGAGGAUGCAGGCAGUUGGGAAGGCAGUGGCAUGGUUGGAAAUGUCAGGCUCUUCUGUGGGAGAUGCACUGGGAGUUCAGCAAAAUGAAACAAAACUGUGCUUAAAAUGUUCUUCCCUUUCUCAGCCCCCGUGUCCGGUAAGGAUGGAAAAGGCAUUUUAAAGACAUUCUAAAGCUUAGUUUGAACUUUUUAAGGUGCUUCUCUUUGGUUCUGGGAUAAUCUGGUCAGCUCCUGCCUUCCUGCCCACCUGGCUCCCUGGGAGCAUGGGAAUCCUGGGGAAAGGAGGGGAGGCAAAUCUGUAAGUCUGUAUUUAACAAAGGCAGGGAAAGAAUUUAACUUUUUAAUCUAUUUUUGGUAUCUCCAACGCUCCCUGGCUGGGGGAUCUGCUGUCUUUGUUAAACAUUAAGGUGUACAUGCAUAUAUCUCUAGUGCAUGCACAUAGAUCUUGGUAUUUAACUGGUGUAUUGCAAAAUGUAUCAAUGUUUGAAGAAUUAACAAUUUAAUGCAAAGACUCUCUCAGUUUCUCUGACAGUAUCUACAAGCAAAGAGCUCUGUGCACACUUGCAUAUGAAAUGGAACUGUACAUUUUCUAGUCUAAAAAAAAGAAAAAGCAGACUUGCUUCUAAACCCAAGUGUUUGGUUUUUGAGUCUUAUGUCUUCCCUGGGCUGAGUCCACGCAGGCUGGGUGAGCUGGGGGCUGGCUGCUAAGAAAAGGAGUUGUUGCUGUUGGUGGUGGAGCAGUGCUGGGAUUUCUGCUGCUUGGUUGUGCAUUUGCAGGAACUCUGUCAGGUGAUGCAGGUGUGGUGGUUGCUGCAGGUGUGGGUUGUGUUGCAAGCAGGUACUCUGUGUUUACACAUCACUUAGGCUGGUUUUACUCUUUCCCUCCCCGUGCCACUUCCCUUGCUGCGGCCUCUGAGGUUCACCUUGACUUGGUUUCCCCAGUGACCACAGAGCCCAGCAGGGCCUGGGAGUGACUGCACAGCUCAGGACUGGCUCUCAGACAGGGUUUUCUGUGCCCCGAGGGGUUUAGAAUGCAAACAUUCAAUUGUUUCCUGUGUGUUGGUCAGUGAACGACCCAGUGUUAACUGCAGACAUCUCAUGGGUCACUGUCAGCUUUCUGUGUGUUUUCUGGUUUUCAGGGCAACUGUAGCCAGAAUUCAGUGGUGGCUGAUGUUUCCUGACACACUGUGGUGUUGUCCAGGGCUUUUGGGGUUUAAACGCUGAUUUUCAGUUUGUGGGGAUGGUGGGGUUUGUCAGCAGAGGUGACAAUUCCAGACUCACCUGGAGUGGUUGCUGUGAUCAAUUCCAGACUCUGUGAUCAAUUCCAGACUCUUUGAUCAAUUCCAGCCUGUGUGAUCAAUUCCAGACUCACCUGGAGUGGUUGCUGUGAUCAAUUCCAGCCUGUGUGAUCAAUUCCAGACUCACCUGGAGUGGUUGCUGUGAUCAAUUCCAGACUCUGUGAUCAAUUCCAGACUCUUUGAUCAAUUCCAGCCUGUGUGAUCAAUUCCAGACUCACCUGGAGUGGUUGCUGUGAUCAAUUCCAGACUCUGUGAUCAAUUCCAGACUCUCACCUGGAAUAUUUGCUGUGAUGGUGCUUUGAAGUGCACGUGUGUGAACUCAGAAAUGUUUUAUAUUUAGUCACUGAGAAGAGCAGCCAAACUUUUGAUCUCUCGACCCCUUUGUGUUUUGUGCCAGUGCUCCUCGUUGACAGCUUUUUUCUUUUUCCCUGCAGGGGAAUUCCCAUUUUUCUCCCAGCUCUGUCCAUAGGAAAUCCAGGGAGCUUUGCAUCAGUGCUGCUCCCACUGGGGAUUGCUGGGCAGGGGUUGCCUUGCCCUGGGUGUGACCUUGGUGUGUGAUGCUGCUGUUUCACCCUCGGGGUUCUGCUGCUGCUUUGGCUUCACCUGAAGCUCAGGCUUUGCCUUUGUUCUCCAUGAAAUUCAUUCUUAGGAAAAAGGAGGGGCCUUAAAAAUGGUUAUUGAAGUAAUGCUGCAAAAUGGCAUUUUAGUAGCCAAAAAAAAAAAUAUAUAUAUUUCAAUAAUCUGAUACUUCAAAUGUUUCUUUUGGUUCAGAAGAUCAUCAGUUUGGUAAAUCAUCUCUGGAAUAUGCUGGUUCUGGCUUCUGGGAAUUACACAGGUCUUUAAUUGUGAGGAGAGGUGGAAAAUAAACUUGGGGAAUGUGAACAGCUUCAUUUUUUAAUAUCUUUUCUUUUUGGGAGGCUGAGCAGCUGCUCUGCUGAGCAAUGUGUAGGUGUGUGAUUGGUAAAUGCACCUGACCAGCACCUUCCACAUCUCUGCAGCUCAAGUGCCUAAAUCUAAUUCCAUAAUCAGCUUUAUUUCCCAUUCCCUUACAACAGAGAUACAUAUCUAUAAAAGCCUCCCAGUGUGUGGAAAUGAGUGGGUUUUUCCCUCCCCACACCCAAGUUUUAACAGGAAUUGUGAUAAAUUUGUUACAGUUCUCCCAUCCCUGCCAUUCCAAGCACUUUUCCAUUUAUCAGGCAUCACUGAGUUUGCUUUGGGACAGGAAAUACUGAAUUUGUCCUUGUGUCGGGGGGGUUGGCUGGAAUUCCUGUCGAGGGACUGUUUAAAUAACUCAAUCCAGGAAUCCUUGGCCUUGGGAAGCUCCUGGUGGCAGCGCUUCCUUCCUCGCUGGCUGGUGGAACACGAAGUUUGUCACUGUGGGAUGAAUUAGGUGUGAAAAGUCGUUUUCAGCUAAUUGAGAUGAAUGCGCUGGGCAGCCCUGGGCAGGGCAGGGCUGAUCCCGGGGCACCGAGUGGCGCUGAGGAAGGAAAAUGUCUUUGCACUCGUGUGGUAGUGCAGAUGUGGCCUGGUUAUAAAUCCAGAUGUGACUUGAAUAUAUAUUGUUGUGGUGAAUACAUUAAAUGGCCAAAAAUGAUGAAUUGUAAGGGGCUGCCACUGUAGCUUUUUAUUUAAUGUGUGAGAAUCAGGAGCAGGAAUUCUCUCCUUGCCUUAAGAGGGCCUUACCAGUGAAUUUUUCUAUUGUAGCUUUAUCCACAGUGGAGUCACUUUACCACCCUGAGCCUUUUAAGCCAGGCUUUGGGUAAGGACAGAGCUGGGUGGGGUUUUUAAGCUUUCCCUAUCUGUAAAUGUACAAAACUCGGCUGAGACUGGAGGAAGCCAGAAAAUGCUGCUUUACCUGGAAGGCUGGGAAUCCUUCCUUGGACAUCUUCAGCUCAGCGCUUUCCUUGUCUAACUGGGCAGGGGGCCAAGAAAAGCUGGGUUCUGUGCAGAGGUUAAAAACUCAAACCAGCUCAGCCUGCGGGUAACGAGGUGUGACCGAGCAAUGGGGACAGCCCCGGUGUCACUGUGUCCGUGCCGAGCGUCCCUGGAUGUUUCAGCACCCUCGGUUUUCUCUCCAACCCUCGGGCCCGGCUCUCCGGAGCUGCCUCGGUGCAAGGCUGGGCUUGGAGCAGGUUUUACCCAGCCGUGCUCGGGUAAAAGCCGGCUCCGGGCAGGUGUUGUGCCCCGGCCGGUGUUUGCAGAGGGGAGGAACAUCGCCAGUGCCCCGCAGCGGGGCCGCCUUUCCUUUGAUCGCUUCUCCUUUGUGCUUCUCCCCCUCCAGACUUUUGUCAUCUUCCUGAAAGAAACGCAGCCAGGACGUGGCCAGCGCCGAGACUGCAGGAAAAUUUCAUUUCAGAAUGUAUAAAAUGAUGGCUUCAGAUGAAUCCCAAGCCUUGGGAGGGCUGGCAGCUCCCAGCUGGAGCACUCCUGUGCCUGCACUCACACAUGGGUAUUAAAGUCAUUUAGCCAAAACCUUUUAUAGAGCUAUUUAUUAUAGUAAAGGAAAACCAGGAUUCUAUUAAGCAACCUUUUUUUCCCCCUGAAAUUUGAUCAGAGCAUUCCUUGAAUUGUUUCUCCUUUGCCAUUUUCUGUCUUUCAGACUCUGGUUUUCAUGCAGCUGAAGGGAACUCUCUCUUAAUUCUUGUUGAAGUGGAGCAAAUACAAAUUUGGGCUGGGGAGCUCUGCACCAUCAUAUUUAUGCAUUUAUGGAUGAUGUCAAUUGCUAAUUCUUUAAAACCUACCAGUAUUUAUGAUUUUAACUUGAAAACACUUGUAAAAAUGUGCCUGUUUGCAUUAAACUUCAUGUGUGGGAGUUGCAGUGAAAGUUUUCAAGCAAAUAAUGUGAUUUCUGACCUGGUUUUUGGGGUUGUUUAGGUGUUUUUGGGGUGAAAUGUGCUGUUCUGCCCAGCCUGUGAUGGGGGGAAUUUGUUUGGGGCAAGUUUGGUGAUAAGUCUGUGCUGGUUGGUGUCAAGACUGGGAAUUAAAAUGAGUGUGAAAUGUUGUUUUCCCGUCAGAAAUGCUGAAUCCCAGGGAUGUGCCCCUCUUCCACACCCACAAAUCACACACAGCUACCUGUGAGCGCUGGGGGGCUGCAGGAAACUCCUUAAAAAACAAAAGAGAUGGAGCCAAAGUUGAGUUAGGGGAUCAAAUUCCCAGUUUUGUAGUCGUGGGCUGGAUGUGGCACUCAGUGCUCGGGGCUGGCUGCCAAGGGGGGGUCGGGCACAGGUUGGACUCAGUGACCUUGGAGGGCUUUUCCAGCCUUGGUGAUCCCAGGGUUGUGCAAAGGGUGUUCCUGCCCAGCUCUGCAGCCCCACCAGCCUUGGUGGGCAUUUGGGGCUCCUUGGGUCCUUCCAGCUGCAUCCAUGGGGUGAUCCCAUGGAAUCACCUCCUUGGGUCCUUCCAGCUGCAUCCAUGGGGUGAUCCCAUGGAAUCACCUCCUUGGGUCCUUCCAGCUGCAUCCAUGGGGUGAUCCCAUGGAACGGCCUCCUUGGGUCCUUCCAGCUGCAUCCAUGGGCUGAUCCCAUGGAAUGACCUCCUUGGGUCCCUCCAGCUGCAUCCAUGGGGUGAUCCCAUGGAACGACCUCCUUGGGUCCUUCCAGCUGCAUCCAUGGGGUGAUCCCAUGGAACGACCUCCUUGGGUCCCUCCAGCUGCAUCCAUGGGGUGAUCCCAUGGAACGACCUCCUUGGGUCCCUCCAGCUGCAUCCAUGGGGUGAUCCCAUGGAAUCACCUCCUUGGGUUCUUCCAGCUGCAUCCAUGGGGUGAUCCCAUGGAAUGACCUCCUUGGGUCCUUCCAGCUGCAUCCAUGGGGUGAUCCCAUGGAAUGACCUCCCUGUAAAUAACACACAGAGCUGGAGUUCUCGGAGUUCUGAGGAAUAAGGAAUUGCAGCAAACCCCCGUGUUGGGAUGGUGCAGGGGAUGCCAAAAUGCCUUUGCACAUUCCUUAUCCUUCCAUCUCUGCUUUUAGCUGUGCUGGCUGGAGUUGUUUCCUUUGGGACACGCUUUUCCCAGCUGGGUGGGCUCUGGCUGCAGUUCCUCCCUGCCUGCCCAGAGUGGCUGUGGCUGCCCUGGAUCCCUGGAAAUGUCCCAGGCCAGGCUGGACACUGGGGCUUGGAGCAGCCUGGGGCAGUGGGAGGUGUCCCUGCCAUGGCAGGGAGCUGGAAUUAAAUGAUCUUUAAGGUCCCCUCCAACCCAAACCAAUCUGGGAUUCCGUGGCUCUCCUGGGACAUUUUUGUGGCGGGUGAAGGAAUGCUGGGCUGCCUCAAAGCCAGGUCUUUUCCUGCCUGUCCCUCUUAACUCCAUUAUUCCUUGACUUUGAUAGAACUUCUGAAAACUGACUUCAGUUUUCCUUGGAAUCCUGUUAAAUAUUAGGUGAUUAAAAGAGAAGCCACCGUUCUCACACUUUAUUUUUGUCUGGUUUAGCCCAGCUGUGCAUUCCUUAGGCCUUUGUGCCUGGUGUGUGGAACUGUCAAUAGGCUUUUGAACAGAAAAUGUUCCUUUUUGGCUCUUUUUUUGAGUGUAUAAAAGUUAAGACUGCUGAGUUCGCCUUCAGUGUUGUUUUUUAAAAUAAUACGUUUUAAUUUAAUAAUUAAUACUUUCUUGAUGCUAUUACCACUGUUUAAAUUACAGGUUGUGUCGCUCUUCUCCUGUUGCACAGUCUGUAUUGAGUUAUUCUGAAUGUUUUUAUUAUAAUAUGGGGAUGAAAUACAUGUAAAGCUACAGAACAGUCAACAAUAUUGACAAUAAAUACAGUUAAUUCUUGUCAUUAA